AUGGCUGAUAUCAUGCGGCGGUUCUUGAAGGCGCUGGUUCAACACGAUCCAAGUGACCUUCCUCUGGCCCCAGACGUCAGGGCCACAGAGAACGAAAUCCCCAUGGAAAUUGGGACGAUCGGGCUAUGGACAAAGGCCACCGCAGUUGACGACAAUUACCAGUUCGUCUUCGAAGAUCGGACAUAUGAAGCUGCUUUCCACACUCUCCACGCCGGCUUUGUCGGCCUGGUCUGGCGCGGAAAAGAGGCGUCACUGUGCUCGAUACGUCUCAAGGUCAUGGCAGGCCGCAUCAGUGAGAUCGACCUGAUACAGGGGGGCAAGUUUCGAGGCAGCACGGCCAGCGACCCUCGAGACAGCUGCAAAACCUUUCGCGAGAACUUUGCCCGAAAGUUGAAGGAGCCAAAAUUCACUCGCGACCAACUGAUCAGAAUUGCCCUGCUCUACUACGAGAGCAUCGGCAGUGACCAUCCGUGCUAUGUGCCCUUUGGCGAGGAAUUCAGAAGGAUCGAAAACGGGACAUCCGCCCUCCUCAAUCCCAACUUCCACCAAGAAGAGUGGUACGUGAACGACAGCGGCGGCUUGGUGCCCAAUUUUGCGGCCAUGAGCGCCCGAGAGCAGCACGCCACGCAAAUCUGGUCGGCUGAUCUCGUCACAGACAAAAGGGUGCAUGUAGUGGAUGUGGAGCGAGGCCUGGUCUGGGUUCACUCGAUCUAUCGUCCCUGGUAUCGCAGGGACAGCGUCCAGAUUGAAGGAGUCGGAAUUCUGCGACCAGAUCCGAAGAUCAUGCAUCAUGGAGUCGCCACCAUGACCGAGCUGAUCAAAAUUGGGGACACCGGGAACUUGGAAGAUAUGGAGUCGGUUUGGAUAAUCAUGCCUAAGGGCACAGGGACCAUCUGGGCUUGA